AUGAGUCAUGGAAUCAAACAAGUGACGUUGUUGUUAGACAGGCUGGUGGAACCGGAUGUUUCGCUGGUUUUGCGUGCAUCAUCUGCUGGUCACAUGGCGCCGACUUCCUCAGGUAUUUCGAAGUCAAUCUGCAAGCCUCGACGUCCAGCCUAUCUGGCCGCCUUCAAUGUUCACAUUCUGAAGCAAUCUCACAGGUGCGGAACCAGGGAGGUGGCCAAUCCCUGA